AUGGACUACUUCCUCUCCGACGCCUUCGGGGCCCGCGCCGAGGCCCUCCUCGCCAAGUACCGGGUGCCCGGUCUGGCCGUCGCCAUCACGCUCCACGGUCGCAUCGAGGCCCGUGCCUUUGGCCUCGCCCGGCUGCCGGACGCGGAGAGCCCGGAACCCGUGCCGUGCACGCCCGACACGCUCUUCGACAUCGCCUCGGCCUCCAAGAGCAUGACCGCCGCCGCCGUCGCCCUACUCGUCGACGACGACGAGAAGCACCGGGACGUCCGCUAUGACGCCGCCGUCUCCGCCCUGCUCCCCGGCGAUUUUGUGAUGCCGACCGAGGAGCUGACGCGUGGCGUGACGCUGGACGACAUGCUGUCCCACCGGACGGGCAUGCCUACCCAUGACUGGUCGUAUCUUGGGAUAGGAUCCAAAACACCAGACACUGCCCGGUCCGUCACCAGGAACCUGCGCAACCUGCCCGUCUGCGCGCCGCUGCGCACCAAGUACAUGUACAACAACAUGAUGUACACCGUCGCCACACACCUCGUCGAGCAGCGCACCGGCCUCUCCUUCUCCGACUUCCUGGAAACCACCUUCUUCGCGCCCCUCGGCAUGUCCUCCACCAGCCUGCAGCCGUCCCGCGCACGCGCCAAGGGCUUCGGCCCGCGCAUGGCCUCGGGCUACACCUGGGUGCGCGCGCCUACCGGCCGCCACAUGCCCGUACCCAUGGUCCAGUGCCCCGAGGCCAACGGCGCGGGCUCCAUCAUCACCUCUGUCCGGGACUACGUGCGGUGGGUCGACGCCAUGCUGCGCCGGCCCGCCGCGGCGCCGCUCACCGAGGCCUCCGUGCGCGACGGGCUGCUGCGCCCGCGCGCCAUCGUCGACCCGGACGGGCCGCCUACCCUACCGCACUCGAGCCCCGCGCUGUACUGCGCGGGGCUCGAGUCGGACUGGUACCGCGGCCACCAAAGGCUGGACCACGGCGGGGGCGUGACCGGCUUCGCGACCAAGCAGACGUUCCUGCCCGCGAGCGGGUUCGGCUGCGUGGUGGCGGCGAACAGCAGCGAGGGCGGGCACGCGGCCGGCACGGUCGUGGUGCGGGAGCUGAUCGACGAGGUGCUCGGCGUGCCCGAGGCGGAGCGCCCGGACUGGGAGGCGCUGGUGGACGGGUGGGAGGCGGAGAACGAGGACGAGGACGACCCGGACAAGUGCGAGGCGGCGCUGACGGCGGAGAUUCUCGAGUCCUUGUCGAAAGACGAGGAUGGCAAGGAUGCAAAGGCUGAUGAUGGCGUGGAGAAUGGCGACGGCGAGAAAGAGGCGGCGGUGCCGGCGCCGCAGCCGCUGACCACGUCCCUCGAGACGUACGCGGGCACGUACGAACAUCCGGGCUACCACCAGCUCGUGCUGGAGAUCAAGGACGGUGACAAGCUCUUCGUCGACGCCUCGGAGCGUUCCUUCGGCUUCACUGGCAUCUUCAAUCACGUUGCCGACCAGCGCCUGUUCACGCUGCGCAUCGCCGAGAGCGAGGCCUGGGGCGGCCAGGACUUGACGGCCGUCAAGGCCGAGUUUAGACUCGACGUCGAGGGCGGCAAGGUUUCUCAGCUGGGUAUCGCGAUGGAGCCCGACAUGAAGGAUACAGACGAGGAGAUGAUUUGGUUCACGCGAAAGUAG